AUGGAUGCCCCCAUCGCCGCCGACGUCACCCCCUUGUCGGCCGGCGCAGUAGAGACCAUCAUUCAGACCGAGCCCGCGCCGUCCAUUGUGAUGCCGACUGCCCCAGCUGCCAACGACCUGGAGAAGGCACGCGAUGCUAUUCACUACCAGUUUGGUCUUGAGAUUCUGCUGAAGCAUGACGAGUUGCGACUUGUUGACCAGGAGCUGGCCAAGUGCCAGGUUGCACUCGAGCAGCUCCGAAGGUGCCACCUCAUCCCGUAUCCCGUUACCUGUCCCACACCCGAGCAGAUGGCCACUCUCAGCAGCGGCAAAGGCCCCGCUGUGCAACCUCGUCCCGGUGAGAUGGUGCCAGAAUGGGCUCCGCCUUUUGGUGUUGUCGAUGGUCCCUACGCGCGUCACUACGCCAAGUGGCUCAUCCCCGAUCCCAAGUUUGACGGCAUGCAGCCUGAGUGGCAUCCCGUCAUGGAGACUGUUGGUCGCAGGACGUCGGCGGAAGGUCGCACGACUAGGAACAGCAUCGUCGAUUUUGCCAGCCUGAGCAAGCCACGUUCCGGCAGGGGCAUGUCCCAUCACAAGCUGCAGUCUCUCUCCAACGGCUACCCUCAGCCCAAGGAGAAGGCUGGUCCUUGUGUGCUCAAGCGCUCCGACGGUCAGACGGUCAAGCUAGUCUGCAUCGAUUGCCAAAGGGACAACUUCUCCACAAGCAAGGCUCGCUUGCCUCAAAUGGGCUUCGCCUCUCCGACUAGCAUGUCUGACAAGGACGAUGACCGCAAGAUGCUGCUGCUGCAGGAUGAGGACGUCGAUAUGGAUGCCGACAUGAGCCCCAACACCAUGGUCAGCAACAAUGCUCCUUCGCUCGUUAGCGACGACGGAGAGUACGAUGAUUCCGAUGAUGGGUCUUCCAUGAGUGAUGUCAGCGAUGGCGCCGAGUCUGUAUCGGACGUGGCUGAGAUCAACAUCGAUGAGGACAGCGAGCCGCGAUCCCUCCGUCAUCACCGGACUUCGAGCGGUGUCGUUUCGGGAGCCGUGCGCUUGAAGAAGGAGGAAUCAAAACACGUCACUUUCGUCAGCCCUGUCAACAAGAGUGCCAAACGAGCACGGAAAGUGUAG